GGAAGAGUGAGUAUAUAAGCAGACUACACGGCAAAGACGGGAAACACAUAAACUAACCAGAGAGACAUCAGCAAGAAGCCCACAGCAAAUAACAGUGCUUAAAAGAUGGCCGACGCAGGCAUUGCAGCUCCUGCUGACAAGAAGGCCCCUCCCAAGUUUAAGCAGAGGACCACUCGUACCUUCAAGAGCAAGGCCCCUAAACCCGGCCAGAAGGGAUUCGGAGACGACAUCCCCGGCAUGGAGGGUCUGGGCACAGACAUCACAGUGGUCUGCCCAUGGGAAGCCUUCGGGGAUAUGGAGCUCAGCGACCUGGCAAAAUAUGGAAUCGUCUAGAAACCCUGCAUCGUUUUCACCACAAUCACUUUACCUACCUGCACUGAUUUUCCUUCGCCCGGCCCACCUACCUCGCCCUGUUCUCCAUCACCUUCCAGAAUACCUGACCUGAUGUCUGUUGUUGUGUUAGGCCCACCUGGUUAUUCGGAAACUUUGCACAAAUAUCUAAAUAAAGCUGAUCUGAAAUUGGCAAAUGUAAAAUAAAGUUAUAUAAUACAAUUAUUAUUUAUACGUGCUUCACUGAGGGGUCAAAGCUAUGACCAAUAAUUUCAACUUCCUCCCCCCGUACUUUGCACUUGGUUUGUGCAUUUCUGAGAGACAAUGGACUGAAUCUGUUGUAAGCAGGUUUGAUCACUGUUUUGCAGUUUUUCACCACUAAACCUUCGCUACUGACUCCUGCCUUUUCUGCUCCACUACCCUCCUCCUCUUUGGAGCUAUUACUUUUUAAUGUACAGCUAUUUAUUAUAUAUAUACAUCUAUUUCUAUUUUUAUGAACCAUGAAUGUAUGUGUGCACAAAGUACUAGAAUGUGAAUAAA